CGACAACGAUGGUUUUGUUAAUGACAAAAUCAAAUGUUAUUUGCUUUAAAACAAACGAAUACGACGACAAGCAAUCUUUUCCAUUACUGAUUAUUGUAUAGUGUUAGUUUUUAUUAUAUGUGAAAAUUAAAUUUUUAUUAUUAUUAUUAUUAUUAUUGUGUUCAUUCAGGUAUAUCAUCCGGGAAUCAAAAAUCUUAAACCCGUAUUGAUAUACUUCUUAUAUAUGAAACGAUGACUUCAACCGAAGAUGUAAUGGUUUGUUCUCGUUGUCAUGAAGGCUUCGAAGAAAGGGAAAAACUCGUGAAUGCUGGCGGUCAAGUAUGGCAUCAACAAUGUUUCGUUUGUGCCCAAUGUUUUCGUCCAUUCACCAAAGAUGCCAUAUUCUAUGAAUUUGAAGGCCGUAAAUAUUGUGAACAUGAUUUUCAUGUACUAUUUGCUCCUUGUUGUGUAAAAUGUAGUGAAUUCAUAAUUGGUCGAGUUAUUAAAGCAAUGAAUGCCAAUUGGUGCCCCAAUUGCUUCAAAUGUGAAUUGUGCCAAGAUAUUUUAACCGACAAAGGUUUUUUCAAGAAUGCCGGUCGAGCCUUAUGUCAACCGUGCAAUGAAAAAGAAAAAGCUGCUGCAAUUGGAAAGUACAUUUGUUUCAAAUGUAAAGCCAUUAUUGAUGAAGGCGCUCCACUUAAAUAUAAAAAUGAAGCUUAUCAUCCUUAUCAUUUUAAUUGUAAAAAUUGCGGUAUUGAAUUGACAUCGAGUGCAAGAGAAAUCAAAGGUGAACUAUAUUGUCUACGAUGUCAUGACAAAAUGGGAAUACCGAUUUGUGGUGCUUGCCGUCGUCCAAUCGAAGAACGUGUGGUUACUGCUUUAGGUAAACAAUGGCAUGUUGAACAUUUUGUCUGUGCUAAAUGUGAAAAACCAUUUUUCGGACACAAGCAUUAUGAAAAAAAGGGACUGGCUUAUUGUGAAACACAUUAUCAUCAAUUAUUCGGCAAUGUUUGUUUUGUCUGCAGUAAAGUAAUCAUUGGUGAUACAAUAACUGCCUUAAACAAAGCCUGGUGUCCGGACCAUUUCGCCUGCGCUUAUUGUGAAACAAAAAUGAAUGAAAAAUCCAAAUUCUAUGAUGUUGAUCUGAAACCAUGCUGUAAAAAAUGUUAUGACAAAUUUCCGGUGGAACUUAAGAAACGUCUCAAAAAGAAAUACACACAACAUAUGAUUUCGGCUAAAUCAAUUUUUUUCUAAAGGAAAAAAAAUUGUCAUCACCGUGAUCAAUCAGAUCAGCACAAAUAAAACAAAAAAAAACUGAAAUUAUUAUAUUGCUAACCGAUUUUGUCGCCAAAGAAAAAAAUUUAUU